GUGCUGAACUGAGUGCCGAAAGCAGGACAUGCAUGUUUGAGUCUAAAAAGGACUACAUACUACACUUACUAAGCCUGUGGACGAUUUGCCUUGGAGGUACAACAAAGGAUGAAAUGCAUGUUAUUGCAGUGGAGACGGAUCAAACUCAAGGACACCCUGUUGUCAUUGCUUCUCUAAAGCCUUCAUUGCAGCCAAUGGUUAAUCUACACGGCAUGGAGUUAACCUCUCCUGUUACAUUCAUGCUUGAAUCUGGAAGUGGACCUGUGUACAUAUCAGGACAGCAUAUAACAUUGGACGACGGUUUGGAAGGUUUAGAACCGGAAGAAGAAAACCUGAGACUGAACCAGUACUACUCCACCCCCCUCCAGACCACUAAGGAGGCCCUCCUGCAACUCUUGAAACCGGCCAAUCAGCAUGGGUGGAACUGCCAAGGUCGCAUUGACCGGACCCUGGCGUUCCGCCACUUUUUCCCAUUCAGGCCGCAACAGACACAGGAGAGGGCCCGCUCCCCUCAUGUGGUGGCAUCUGAAUCGGAGGGAGGCAAGCAGGAGCAAGAGGAAGAUGAAGGGCUGGGGUGCAGGGAGUUUGUGGAUGCCCCCCCCCAAGUCCGGUGA